AUGGUCAAGACACUCCCCUUCGCUGACAUUACCGUCAAUUCCCCCGGCUUCGGAGCCAUGGGUCUCAGCUUCGGUCUGGGAAGCAACUUGACUCUUGAACAGGCCGAGCCUGUUCUCCUCAAGGCCAUUGAGCUGGGAUGCACUUUCUGGGACACUGCUGUCGUCUACCAAGCCGGUGUCAAUGAGAAGCUCCUGGGAGAUUUCGUCAGGAAGCACAAUGUCCGGGACAAGGUCUUUAUCGCUUCCAAGUGCGGAUUUGACGUCUUUGGCGACGGCGGCGUCACCAACUCUGCGUCCCACAUCAAGACCUACAUUGAGGGCACCAUCGAGCGUCUUGGCUUUGCCCCCGACUUGUACUAUCUUCACCGCAUUGACCCCAACACUCCCCUCGAAGAGUCCAUCACUGCUCUCGAUGAGAUUCGCAAGCAAGGAAAGACCAAGUACAUUGGCCUGUCUGAGAGUUCUGCUGCAACUCUCCGAAAGGCCAACUCUAUCGCCAAGAUCGAUGCCAUUCAGGCCGAGUACUCUGCGUUUGAGACUCUGCACGAGACUGACGGCCUCAUCGACACUGCGCGAGAACUUGGCAUAGCCUAUGUCGCCUAUAGCCCCCUUGGCCACGGCUGGCUGGUUGAUGACUUUCCCUAUAAGACCCCUGAUGAUUUUGCACCUGACGAUUUCCGUCGCAAGUCACCAAAAUUCCAGGGCGACAACUUUUACCAGAACAAGGCCAUCGUGGAGGAGAUCAAGAAAAUCGCCGUCCGAAAGGGCGUUACACUCACCCAGAUUGCACUUGCGUGGGUUGCCGCUCAGGGAUUCAUCGCCAUCCCAGGCACCACAAAGGCCACGCGUCUAGAACAGAACUGGGCUUCGAGGGAUGUUGAACUAACUGAUGAGGACAAGGCAGAGUUGAGACGCAUCAUUGAUUCUACAAAGCCACAUGGCAACAGAUAUGGUCCGGCCCAUCAGGCCAUGGUCGGCCAUUAG